CCGCGGCUCCGCUGGCCGGUGCGUGGCCUGGCGGGGCGGGGUCGGGUGGGGUCGUCCCAGGCUAGCAAGCUGUAGAGGGGCUUGGCUUAAGAAACACCCUGUUCAUGGCUGUCCUGGAUUGAGAACACCAGUGGUAGCAUUUAACUGGAGUCCUGUCUCUGCUGCAGAGCCGUAGUACAUCAGAGACAGGGCAGAGGCAGAGAGACGGGGUUGCAAACCCACCCCGAGAACUCAUGGACAGUGUCCGUGACUCCUAAGUUCUUUCAGGGGCCUGCGCGAGGUUGACACCCUUGAGAGCUCAGCAAUUGCAGGUAGCAUGGCCCAGGGCAUGAUUGAGGUGGAGCGAAAGUUUGUUCCGGGGCCUGACACGGAAGAACGGCUGCAGGAGUUGGGAGGCAUCCUGGAACACCGGAUCACUUUCCGAGACAUCUACUAUGAUACCCCUGAACUGAGCCUCAUGCGGGCUGACCACUGGCUGCGACAGCGAGAGGGCAGUGGUUGGGAGUUCAAAUGUCCUGGAGCAGGGGGUUCCUUGGGAUCCCACACUGAGUAUGUGGAAGUCACAGCAGAACCUGCCAUUGUGUCCCAGCUCUGUGAGGUGCUGGGGACUGAGAUCCUAGGAGCUGGAGGUGUGGCUGAUGUACUGGGUCCACUGGGGCUGCAGGAAGUAGCUAGUUUUGUGACCAAGCGCAGUGCCUGGAAGUUGGUGCUGCCUGGAGCUGAUGAAGAGGAGCCAGCGCUCAAGGUGGACGUGGAUACAGCCGACUUUGGCUACGCUGUGGGUGAGGUGGAGGCCCUGGUGCACAGGGAGGCUGAAGUGCCAGCCGCCUUAGAGAAGAUCCACAGGCUCAGCGGCAUGCUUGGUGUGCCAGCACAGGAGAAGGCACCUGCCAAGCUGAUUAUGUACCUCCAGCGCUUCCGGCCCCAGCACUAUCAGCGUCUGCUAGAAGUGUACAGUUCCAGAGCGAAGAAGCCUUAGGGUUAACCUGUGCGAUGUCACAUCCCAUGAAGAGAUGAGAGCUACUGGGUAGCUUCAAGGAACUAGGAGUCGAGAGGAAGAGGAGAGAAGAGGAGAGGAGAGGUGUCUGGCCAGAGAAUGAUGGGUUCAGUCCAGCUGAUGACGAAUGGGUGUUGUAUUGGUGGUCUGUGGUGUAUGCUGUGAAGGCUCGCAAACAUUGUAGAAUGAACAUACCGGGCACAAAUUAUGUUUGUUUCCAAGCCCCAGACCCCACGAACUCUCCUCAUCAAACUCAGAAGGGAGUAGUCCCAGCCCAGUACCUGUC